GGAAGUCUACCAAAGAAGAAAAUGGAUCCCGGAAAUGCAGUUCUGUUAUCUGUCGGUUUUUUGUAAUCGUGUGUAAUAUGGCUAGUUUUCGUGUUUCGGGACGAUAAACAUGAUAGUAGAGUAGUUUUAGAUUAUAUAGGAAGAGAUGCCUCUGCUAAUACAAAAUAGAAGAAUUGAUCGACCAGGUUCGACAGUCGAUUUGUUUGCCAGAUAUCCGCAUUUACAGGAAAACGCCCAAAUAUUUCGGUCCAAGCCGUAUGUAGAUGUUGACCCAAAGUGCCUCCUAUACGUCCAUCAAAGAGAGUUUGCCGCCACAACACCAUCAGACAACUCUGUCGCUGUCCUCGGUUCUGAUGAUGCAACCACUUGCCACCUAGUCCUGGUGCGACACACAGGGAGUGGAGCCGCUUGCCUUGCUCACUGUGAUGGCUCCAACACUUGGAGUGAGGUUCCUCUCAUCGUCAAAGCCGUCACAUCUCUGAGCAAGGACCCUGCCAAGGAGGGCAGGCUGGAGCUUCAUCUCGUCGGUGGAUUUGACGAUGAGCCAAAGGUGUCCCACAAACUCAGCCUUAGCCUGCUGUCGGCCUUCCAGAGACAGAAAGAGGACAUUCACCUGGAGACAUGCUGCAUCACAGAGAUGAAUGACAUCGUAGUCGACGGGAUGCACAGACCAGUGGUGUAUGGAAUAGGUAUAAAUAUUAAAACGGGGGAGCUGUUCCCUGCCUCGUUUCCUCACAAAGGCCCAGCUGAGAAGCUGCGAUCAGCCCGGACCUUCACUGGAGGACAGAUGGCUGAUAUAUAUGACUCAAACAAAGGAGUUAUAAAAAUAGGCCCAUGCAAGUGGUCCCCUAAUCUGGAUAUUAGCUUUUGGCUGUCGCAAAACGAUGACACCAUCUUAAAGUACUUAUCCACAUCCCCUUCGGCUGAGCCGCCACACUUUGUCCAACACAUCAAGUCCACCAUCCAGUUCCUCCUGGAGCACCCCAGUUCAGACAGUGUCUUUCCCGGAGGACAACCCCAGCACUACCGGAGGACAGAGCAGGGAGACUGGGAGAAUAUAACCCAGACAUAGCGCAUCUCAGCAGGUUCAAGGCUUUUGCCUCUGCUCCAAACUCCUUUACUGUGACAUUACGUUGAAUCUCUCUGGAAAUGUAAUCUUUCCUUAAUUCUGGAAGAUAAGACCGUUGACCCUCCGCCUUACGCCAAUGUAGGCCGCACGUGUGUUUUUGUUUGUUUGUGGGGUUGCUUGUUUUGUGUGUGGUGGCCAAGUACACCAUUGCUGUAUAUAUGGACUGUCUUUCCCGUGGUCUACUUUACUUCACUGGCCGGCCCCGCUGAAGAGAGGACUGCUGGAUCUCUGUAGUAGCAAAUGUCCGAAUUUUCCCUAUAUUGUGCAGUAUGUUGUAUGUGUAGUGGAAUCGUUCUGUUCACAGUUCAAGGGAAUUUAUUAUAGCCAUAAUAUAUUUCUGGAAUCUCUCUCAGCAACAGAAGAGGUUGUAGCACUUGAGAACUUUGGAAGACCAAUUAUGUUCUCCCCACUUUAAGUUCACAGUACACAUUUAACAUGAGGCACAGUUGAUAUGAGCAUGAAUAUUUUUUAUUAAUUAAUACAUUUAAAUAUCAGACACCAUACUCCUGCGCAAUGAAAGAAUUUAAAAUUCUUUUUUUUCCAUAAAUGAUUUUUCUUUCAAAAAGUAAUUCAAGAAGGCCUUGCUCUCAUAUCCAGAUUGAAGUUCUGCCCUGAGAUUCAAAUGCUCAUAUUAAAACUAUCAGCAACAUGAAAACAUAUUUAAACACUUCAGAAACUAAGCAAGAAUGUACAGUAUGCUUGUGAAUGAAUAAAAUCUUAAGUGGCCAAAUA